AUGUCCUCUCCGCAAACCUCGCCAUAUCACGAUUCGAAUCAGUCUACUGCGCCUGAUUCUGUGUCUCAGACUCAGAGACAGCCGGUGCCUUCGUCUCCGCUGUUUGUGGCGCCAUCAAGUGAAGGAUCUAUGCCGGUUUCGCAAGAUCAGGGUUCGAGACAGCGUUUUGGCUCGUCGCCAAUUCCGUUCACUUCCUCUGAGCUGGGACAUGACUUGAACUCACAAAUCCCUCGCAGAUCGCAGCAUAGUAGAGGUGACAUCCACUCUUCGGAUAUCAUGUCUUCUCCUAUGAGAAGACGAUUCUUCGACAACUCCAAUCCCCAACCAAGUCAAAUGUCGGACUCACAACUCCCCUCCGAAUCGCAACUAUCCUCUGUUCAACAACUGUCGGACUCGGGCUCUAUCAAUCCAGACGAGCCAGUGAGAGUCAUUUGGGGUACAAACGUUUCGAUUCAAGAAUGUUCUGACAAUUUUAGAACUUUCCUCAUGUCUUUCAAAAUGAAGUACCGCAGAAGACUCGAUCAAGUUGAUGAAGACCCCGUUGAGGAUGAUGUUCUGUAUUAUGUGAAGGCACUCAAUGUCAUGAAAGAAACCGGGACCACCAAUUUGAAUCUGGACACCAAGAACCUUCUAGCUUACACAACCACUAAAAAGCUUUACUACCAGUUAAUCAAUUAUCCACAGGAAGUCAUUCCGAUCAUGGAUCAAACCAUCAAGGAUUGUAUGGUUUCUUUGACCUUGGACAAUGCGUCCAAUGCAGACCCUCAAGAUCAGCUUGUUGAUGAGAUCGAAUCCAACGUCUACAAAGUGCGGCCUUUCAACAUCCAAAAUCAAAGAGGAAUGCGUGAGCUUAAUCCGACCGAUAUUGACAAAUUGGUUACUGUGAAGGGACUGGUCAUUCGGUCGACCCCAAUCAUCCCAGAUAUGAAAAUUGCUUUCUUUAAGUGUAACGUUUGUGAUCAUACUGUCGUUGUUGAAAACGAUCGUGGAGUUAUUCAAGAGCCUUCGAAAUGUCCAAGGCAGAUUUGUUCAUCGCAAAAUUCAAUGCAGUUAAUUCACAACAGAUCCUCUUUCGCUGACAAACAAGCCAUCAAAUUACAAGAAACUCCAGAUAUUGUGCCUGAUGGACAAACUCCGCACUCGAUUUCUCUGUGUGUGUACGAUGAGCUGGUGGACUCUACCAGAGCUGGUGAUCGGGUGGAAGUUUGUGGAAUCUUCAAGUCUGUUCCCUCAAAAGUGAAUGCUAGACAGCGUGCUGUCAAGUCUUUGUUCAAGACUUAUAUUGAUGUGGUUCACAUCAAGAAGGUUGACAAGCAUCGUUUGGGAGCAGAUGUGUCCACUCUCGAAAACGAACUGAAAGAGCAGCAAGAAGUGGAUGAGGUUCGUAAGCUCUCUGAGGAAGAGAUUGUUAAGAUCAAAGAGACUGCUGCGAGAGACGAUUUAUAUGAGCUUUUGGCAAGAUCUUUGGCUCCAUCUAUUUUUGAGCUAUCCGAUGUUAAGAAGGGAAUCUUGCUGCAACUAUUUGGAGGAACAAACAAGAAGUUCACCAAAGGUGGUAAAUACAGAGGGGAUAUCAACAUCUUACUCUGUGGAGAUCCAUCGACGGCCAAGUCUCAAAUUCUACAAUAUGUUCACAAGAUCGCUCCUAGAGGUAUUUACACCUCCGGUAAAGGUUCCUCUGCUGUUGGUUUGACUGCAUACGUUACCAGAGAUAUUGAAACCAAGCAGUUGGUGCUGGAAAGUGGAGCUCUGGUUCUGUCUGACGGAGGUGUGUGCUGUAUUGAUGAGUUCGAUAAGAUGUCUGACUCCACAAGAUCUGUCUUGCACGAAGUCAUGGAACAGCAAACCAUUUCUAUUGCAAAAGCUGGUAUCAUUACCACUUUGAAUGCAAGAACCUCCAUUCUGGCUUCGGCCAAUCCUAUUGAGUCCAGAUAUAACCCAAACUUGCCAGUUACCAAGAACAUCGACCUGCCACCUCCUUUGCUUUCUCGUUUUGACUUGGUCUACCUCGUUCUUGACAAAGUGGAUGAGAAGAUCGAUACUCAAUUGGCAAGACAUAUCGCGGGAAUGUUUUUGGAAGAUGAUAUCCACACUGCCACGAGCCACGAAAUUCUUCCUGUGGAGUUCCUUACUUCGUACAUCCAAUAUGCCAAAGAGAAUGUUUCUCCAGUGCUGACCGAAGAAGCCAAGAACCAGCUUGUGAAAUCUUAUGUUGAGAUGAGAAAACUUGGCGAAGAUGUUAGAAGCUCUGAGAAACGCAUAACUGCCACCACCAGACAGCUUGAAUCCAUGAUUAGACUUUCUGAAGCACACGCCAAGAUGAGAUUAUCUCCUCUUGUUGAGCUUGAGGAUGUGGACGAAGCAGUGAGACUUACCAAGUCUGCAAUCAAAGAUUAUGCUACCGAUCCUCUUACAGGUAGAAUUGACAUGGACCUGGUGAAUACUGGACAAACUUCUGCUGAGCGGAAGAUGAAAGAAGAUCUUUCAAAACAGGUGUUCCAACUGAUCGAGUCUCAAGGAACACUUACUUACGACGUGUUGCUGCAAAAGAUCAAUGACCAGUCUUCAACGAGAGUGGAAAACUUGGAUCUUAGUGAGGUGCUUCGCCGACUGGAGGCAGAAAACAAGAUCAGUAUGUUUGGUCAAGGCCAUAAGAGAGAGAUCAGGGUCAACAGGGGAGUUGUGUAG